AUGUUCGGCCCUCAGACGUCUAUGAGCCAAACGAUCGGACCUGUGACAGCUGGUAAUGGUUCAACUGUAUAUGCUGGCACCUUCAAUUCUUCUGUUGCUCAGGAACAGCAAAAUGCACAGCAAGCCUUAUCCUUUCCCGAGAUGUAUAAUCGACUUCACGAGAUUUCAGACGCGACCUCUGGAACUUGUCAAUGGAUUCUCGAAAACCAUACUUUCCGAGAUUGGCAAAAUGCGCAGCGAGGACUCCUUUGGAUCAAGGGCAAGCCUGGUGUCGGCAAAUCGACCAUCAUGAAAUACUUGUGGAAUGAUUCUACUGCAGAGACUAGCUCGGAAACACAAAUCACAGCAUCUUUCUUCUGCCAUGGCCGAGGAGUGGAUCUACAAAAAUCUCCAAUGGGUAUUUUUCGCGCUCUGUUGCACCAAAUCGUAGAAAAGGUGCCUCAAUUUUACGAAGAUCUCGAAAAUAAGUUUCGAGCUCGUUGCAAGUCGCAAGGAUCACAUGGCUCUGCCUGGGCCUGGACGGAACCUGAGCUCAGGAAUCUUACGAAGGAUUAUCUUAGUUCUUGCCGUGAUCUGGAACUGCUCAUCUUUGUGGAUGCCCUUGACGAAUGUGGGGAAGACAAGGCCCGGGAUCUCCUUGAUUUUUUCCAAGGUGUCGUCGCCGCUUCAGAAGCACAAAGCGACAGCGGGCUCAGGAUAUGCGUCUCAUCGAGACACUAUCCACUUGUCCGAUCAGAUGUGUUGUAUCAAGUCAUUGUGGACGGGGAGAAUUUGGCAGAUAUCCAAACAUACGUCGCCCAGAAACACAAGCUGUUUCGCAGAAACACCCAAUAUGACGAGCUAGUGUCUUCAAUAAGUUGGAGAGCGCAAGAAAUUUUCCAAUGGAGCGUCCUGGUAGUCCCAAGGGUGGUCAAAUCCCUGGAAGGCAUGAAGCCCGUGGAGCUUAUCUUGCAGUAA